AUACCCUACGAGAGCUGGUUGGUUUCAACAAGAACAAGCAAGACCUAAACAUAGAAAUGACUAAGGCAAUGGUGACACUCGCUUUCAUUUUCGCAAUUGUUUUCAAUGUUGUCUCUCCAACAAUAGCUGAGAUAGUGGAGAAGGGCAACCUUAAUCCUCUUUCGGAAGGGGAUAUUGUUUUGGCUACCUAUGAGGAUGAGCAGGUGGCACCUAGACGAUUUGGUCCGUGGAUCCGGCAGACCAUCUUCUCGAUUAGAGAUCCCCCGGGGUAUUGCGUUAGAGAGAACGAAGGUAUAUCAUGUGCUGAUUGCAAUGAUUACUGCAGUUUUCCUCGUGGUUCUGGCGGUUAUGGUCAGUGCGAGUGGAAAGUAUGGAACCGUGUGUGCACCUGUCACUAUAGGUGUGCCCCUUACUAAAGGCCGUUUUGGAUAUGGUCAUCUCCAUCAUCAUGUUUAUCAAAGACAAUUAUGUUUGAUUGUUUCUGUAUGUGUUUGUAUUUUGUGUACUUUUAUUUAUGCAACUGAAUAAAAAGCCCUCUUCGUAUGA